AUGAAGAUCGCUAAUCUCAUCAUCGCCAUUUCCCUUCUUUUCGUCGUCGUUGGCGGCGCCAAAGCACCGCCGUUGUCGGAUUCGCAAAAGUUGGUCCGCGAAGCUCUUCCACUCGAUCGUUCGCUGGAGUAUCAAGGAAGCUUCCAAAUCUCUGGUGAAUACUCGAUUCAGUUCGAUACUUGCGUCUCUCUCAAAAUAGAAGCUGACGAAGACAUCAUGCUUGGCCAAGACACCUACGAAUUCACCGAAAACGGUCAGCUCGUGAAGCAGAAGUCCUACGCCAUCUUCAAUCUCUGCAGGAAUGGAAACUGCAAAUCGUACAUGGCGUCCCUUUCCAACUACAUGAACGCCUUGAUUCCCGCUUCUGCAGGAGGAGACAACGAAGACUUUUGCUACGCAUGCAAUGCGUAUUGUGGCGACGACUCGGGGGGAAAUCAAGACGGUGACGAAGACGCAAACGGCGACGAAAAUGGAGACCAAGACGCAAACGGCGACAAAGAUGGAGAUCAAGAUGGAAAUGGUGAUGGAGAUCAAGGCGGUAAUCAAGACGAGGGGGCGGGAGACGAAGACGGCGGCGAUCGCCGUCGAGCCAAUGAAAUUGUCUACCUCGACUGUGGAAACUGCGAAGAGCAUGGUUGCUACGACGACAACGACGCGCAGCAGCAAGAAGACGGCGAUUACACCCUUGAAGAAAUCGAAGAGUGGGCUACCGCUAUUGCAGGAUGCAUGUACAUGGGUCAAAAGUGGUCGGGCUAUGACCUCUACGCGGGAUUUAUGUGCAACGCAGAUGGAAGUGGCGCCGAGAUCGCGAUCUUCUUGGAUAACGAGUGCAGCGUCUACACAAACCUCAAAUCCUUUCUGUCCAUUGCGGAAGAGACGGGCACCAACGAGAUCAUCUACAAGGCAUACUGGCCCAUUGUGUAUCCCUUUGAAGAGAGCAUCAGCUGCGCUGUCCCAGUCUACUAUCCACCCAGCGGAUCCGGCUACGAGUACCAAGGAGAUGGUGGAAACGAUGAAGUCAGUCCCCUGUGCGAAUCUCUCUUUGAGGAGGGGUCGUACUAUCCACUGGAUACUUGCGGCAUUCAAGACUAUGAAGCUGGCGACCCCGUUACGUUUCAAGAGCUCGAACAGACGCAGGGGGGCUACUCCUUCUAUUCGUACAUUCUAACCUACGAAGAUUCCCAGAAUGACCAGACAGUCUGUCAAACCAUUCAAGCCUUAGAUGGAGACUAUUGCCAGGCCCAGAAUUACAAGAAAAAAUGGUCGGGAGAAUUCUUUGACUACAAGAAGAAGAAUCGCGCCAGUUGCUUAACGGCGGCCAUUGGAAAAGGUGUCGCAGAGUUCUUCAAGGUAAUUGGUGUUUGCUUGGCAGCUGCAGCGUUGUUGGGGGGAGCCCAGAAAGUUGCAAAGUCGUACCAGCUCCGAAAGCAGCGUCGUUCCCAGGCUCUCAUCCCCCCUUCCAGUGCUGGUACCAUGUCUUAG